ACAAUAUCACUAUCAAUAUCCAGGCGGAUCCCACUUUUCUUGUGAUCCCAUUUCCGCCAAUCGGCCCCUACAAAUUCAUCUGUGGGACACAACCUAACCCAUUUCAUGGAUUCCAAACCAGUCAUGUUCAACUGCAAUGGUGGAAUCUCUCAAAAGAUUAUCAUUGAUACGGAUCCGGGCAUCGAUGAUAGCAUGGCGAUCAUGAUGGCUUUUCAGACACCAAAUUUGGAGAUCUUAGGAUUGACAACGAUAUUUGGUAACGUUUCUACAAGGGAUGCGACUCGAAACGCCUUGCUUCUGUGUGAGAUUGCAGGAUAUCCAAGUGUUCCUGUUGCCGAGGGUAGUCCAGAACCGCUAAAGGGAGGGGAGCCAGAGAUUCAAGAUUUUAUUCAUGGAUCCGAUGGAUUAGGGAACCUAAAUCUACCGGCCCCCAAAUCGAAGAAAGUAGAAAAAUCAGCAUCCGAAUUUUUAGUUGAUAAAGUUUCGGAAUAUCCCGGUGAAGUAUCUAUACUUGCACUUGGCCCGCUAACAAAUUUGGCUUUGGCAAUCAAAAGGGACUCCUCGUUUGUAACCAACGUUAAAAGAAUCGUCAUACUCGGUGGUGCUUUCUUUGCAAGUGGAAACAUUAAUCCGGCCGCUGAAGCAAACAUAUAUGAGGAUCCUGAAGCAGCAGAUAUUGUAUUCACUUCUGGCGCAAAUAUCGACGUUGUUGGCAUAAACAUCACAACACAAGUGAAAAUGUCAGAUGAGGAUCUUGAUGAACUUAAGCGAUCGAACGGGAGGCAUGCUCGGUUUUUGUGGGAUAGUUGUAAAUUCUACCGCGAUUGGCAUGUGAAAUCUGAUGGUGUUUAUGGAAUUUUCCUUCAUGACCCUGUUUGUUUCGUGGCACUAGUUCGACCCGAUCUUUUCACCUUCAAGAAAGGGGUCGUUAGGGUCGAAACACAAGGUCUCUGUGUUGGACAUACCCUAAUGGACCAAGGGUUGAAGAGAUGGAAUUCUGAAAAUCCUUGGACAGGCUAUAAACCAGUUUCAGUUGCGUGGACGGUGAACGUUGACAGGGUUCUUAGUUACAUUAAAAACGUGUUAAUGAUGGCGUGAUUUAAAAAGAUCACGAGUUAAAAAAAAAUAAACAAUAUUUAUGUGUUCCUCUUGGUCUUUGUUUAAUCCUUAUUUAUGGAAAUAUGGGGAACUAAGAUUAUUAGAUUUUCACCAUGAACAAUCACAUUUAAUAUCACUAUAUGUAAGGGGUAGUUGUUGGUGGAACUCUUAUAUGAGGUACAACCUAGUACCCUUGUAAUAUGAUUUUCUCUUACUUUUGCUUUAUUGUUGUAUUAUUCGCCCCUUGUGAUUUAGUUUUUAUUACUGGAUAGGGCUGUAACCAAACUAAACGUUCAAUAAGCUGUUCAAAACUAUUA